CCAGGUGAGACAGUGUUUAUAAAGCAGCAGCCAGGCAGCAACACAUACUUAAAUACAGCACAUAACAGAGCUGAGAGAAUACGACUGCCAGACUUUUUCAUAGGAGGAUCACACCAUGAGAAUACUUUUACUUCUAACUGCCAUAGCUGCAGUAUCACAGGCCCAGACUGACUGCUCUCAAGGGGCUUGUUACCCACCCAGCAAUAACCUGCUCCUGGGCAGGGCACACCAGCUCCAUGCCUCCUCAACCUGCGGCCUCACCGGCUCCGAGGUCUACUGCACCCCAUACCAACUGAGGAGGAUGAAGUGUUGUCCAUGUGACUCCAGGAACCCAAAUGGUCGGCUGGCCCACACUGUCCAGGAUGUCCUGUCCACUUCUGGACCAGAUAGAUGGUGGCAGUCUAGGAAAGAAGUGAGUCCUGUCACUCUCCAGUUGGACCUUGACAACUUGUUCCAGCUUGACCACCUGUUGCUGACCUUCAAGGGUCCUCGUCCCAGUGCCUUGGUUAUUGAGAGGACGCUGAAUAACGGCAGGACGUGGGAUCCUGCCCUCUACUUGGCUACAGAUUGUGAAAAAGCUUUUCCUGGGAUCCCCACAAGAACGCCUCUCACCUUGGAUGAUACAUACUGCUACACACUGCCCCCUACUGGAGACAACCCAUACCAAGAUCACAUUAUCGAGUUCAGUCCUUUGCGCCAGUAUGCUUAUGUCCCAGCUCCCAACAGCCAAAAAAUUGAAGAUGUGUCUGGGUUAAUGGGGCUGAGGGUGAGGCUGACAGAGCUGGGUGAUGUGCCACGUCUACCAGGCAGAGCGCUCAGUAGGUUUUAUGCCCUGAAGGAGAUGAGGGUGAUGGGUAGCUGUAUGUGCCAUGGACAUGCCAACCGAUGCCUGCCAGAAACCUACACCAACCCACUGUCCAAUACCAUACAAGUGAAUCCUCAGUGUGACUGCCAGCAUAACACAGCAGGUGUGAACUGUGAACGUUGUGCUGAUCUCUACAACGAUCUGCCCUGGAGACCUGCAGAGGAGGGCAACACACAUACCUGCAGACGCUGUGAGUGCAACAAUCAUGCCCAGCGCUGUCGUUUUGACCAGGCAGUGUACGAGGCCAGUGGGCGGAGGAGUGGAGGUGUGUGUGAGGGUUGUAUGCACCACACCACAGGGCCAAAGUGUGACCAGUGUGCCCCAGGCUACCAACCAAACCCCCGUAGCCGAAUGGACCGUCCUGAUGCCUGCAUACGCUGUAUGUGCAGUGCUGAGGGGACAGUGAAUGGGGGCCGGUGUGACGACAUCACGGGCUCUUGUCAGUGUAAAGUGAACGUUGAAGGUCCCCGCUGUGAUCAGUGUAAGAGAGGCUACUACGGUCUGAGUGACUCCAAUCCUCUGGGCUGCACCAAGUGUUCCUGUUCCCCAGAUGGGUCACUGUCAGAUGUUUGUGACGCAGUGACCGGCCAGUGUCCCUGUCAUCCCCACUUCCACGGGCUAACCUGUGAAGUGUGUUCAAAAGGCUACUGGAAACCAUUCCUGUCAGGACGCUGUGAACCCUGUGGCUGUGACCCCACCAGGUCAUACAGUGAUACAUGUGACCAGAUAACAGGUCAGUGUCAGUGCAGAUCAGGUUUCGGAGGUCGAACAUGUACAGAGUGCCCACAGAACGCAUAUGGAGAUCCUCUCAUAGGCUGCCAACGAUGUCGGUGUGAUACUGAAGGAACCCUUCCAGAUGUUUGUGACAAGCAGACAGGAGCCUGUCUGUGUCGCCCGGGCAUCACCGGGACUCGCUGUGACUCCUGCAGUCGAGGACACUGUGACUCCUUCCCUGCCUGCGAGACGUGUCCCUCCUGCUUCUUCAUCCUGGAUGCACAGAGACAGAACCUCAGCUUAGCUCUGGAGAGACUUUCCCCCAGCUUCCCUUUUCCUGGAAGUGCUGCUGAUCCUGGAAACUUCGGGCCUCGCAUCCGGACCCUGGAGGCCAGUCUGAAACUGAUCCAGGACUCCAUCUUUCUUCCAUCAAAUACUUCUAGAGAGACUGAUCAUGCUUUGUCCCAGCUGGACAAGCUGAGGGACCAGGUGGACAGGGUUAAUGAUGACCUUUCACCCUUGGCAAGAGCUCCUGGUCUAGACUCAGAGCUUGACAACCUGGAGGCUCUGCUGGACAACCUCGCUGCGUAUUACAAAGACAAGAAAGUUGCCACAGAGAACUCCAUGAGUCCCAGCAAUGCAGGACAAUUUUCUAUCAUCAAGAAUGCCUACGAUGAGUCAACAAAUGCAGCUAAGAAAGUAGAUGCCAGCAGAAGCACGGUGAAGGAGUCAUAUGAUGUCAGAGAAGAGACUAUGGAUCUUCAAAACCAAGUACAGCCAGCCAACACCAAAGAUCUGGACAAACUGAACCACAAUAUGGCUUCCCGACCUGACCUCACUCCUGUUGCCAAACAGGUAUGUGGCACUGUUCGCUCAGAGCCCUGCACCCCUCUCCAGUGUGAGGGUGGAGAUCUAUGUCCACUGGAGAGAAUCCCAACUUGUGAAAAGGGCAAAAUUUGUGUGGGCGCCCUGCCUCUGAGCAAGAAGGCAAAUGCUGAUUCUAAGGAUGUGAAGGACCGACUGUACAAGCUCACUUUGAAGAUCACAGAGGCUGCAGAGAAGCUCCAGGAAACUCAGGAGACAACAAAUCAGAUGAGACAGUCGGCAGAGAAGCUGUCCAGUAAGAUGAGGCAGACCAGAGAUGAGCUAGAAGACGACUUAAAAGAGACACGUGACGUAGUGAAAGAGCUCAAAGACUUCCUGUCAGACCCAUCCUCAAACCUGACCCAUAUCAAGGAGGUGAGCGACUGGAUCCUGAAAGCCAAGCUGCCUCUCAACCUGGCUGCUCUGAAGAGAAAGCUGGAGGAGCUGAAGAAUCUGGCAGCCAAUCUACCAGACAGCACAGCCGUGCUGAAGGAGGCUGAGCCACAGCUGGACACAGCCAGGAAACUGCUGCAGGAGGCCCAGGACACCAGGGACACAGCACUGGGAGUAAAGGCCGAUGUGGACGGACUGCUGAAGGGCUUGGGCUCGGUGGAGGGCUCCCUCUCUGACCUGGAGGACAAACUGCAGAACAGUAUGGAUAUCAUAGACAACCUGAAAAACAACCUGAAUGAGGCCAAGGACAAGCUGACCCCAGCAGAGAAAUCUCUGGAUGAUGUAUCAACACUGAUAAAGCCAAUGAAACCUGAACUGGACGAGCUCAAAGACCUGCUACAGAAAGGAAGCCAGCAGGCUCGAGAUGCACAGGAAAAUGCAGACAAAGCUGAGGAUGAAGCAGCUGCUGCAAAUGAGGACAUGCUGUCUUUGGAGAAGCAGCUGGAUCGUCUUAAGGAUCAGGUUGCAGCCAGUGGGGCUGUUGGAGAGGCAGGGCCAGUGGGGGAUCGAUUGGCGAGGCUGCAGCGCGAUGCUGGAGCUCUGGCCAACACCACUGAAAACAUGAUGAAGGCUCUGGAAGGUAAAGCAGAUUCCCUCAGGAGACUUCAGGAUGAGAUCGUUCAAAAGUCAACAAAGCUUGAGGGACUUGAUGCCAAGCUUACAAACCUGUUGUCAAACCUUCGAAAGAAAGCCCACGACCUCACCAUCUGCCAGGGUUGAAAGUUACCGAGCUGCCCUCAGAGCAGCAUCUGCAGCUGCUGUCACUACAACGUUUCAUACCAGCACUCCACACUAUUCACACCUUCCACUGCCAGUAACAGUCUCAAUUUAGAGGAGAACUCCUCCCAAGUUCAAGGAGAUGUAAAUGACUACUCUUCUUUCUGAAAUGACUGCUGGAAUAUAUUGAGCAUUAAAGACCAAUGUAAGGGCGGGGAAGUGGUGUGUGUGUGUGUGAGGGGGGGGGGGGUCCAUUCACAAUCAGCAAUCUUCAGUCUUGUUUUGUAAAUACAUUCUGAAACACAGUAUAUGUUGGUGCAGAUCAAUAUUUGGUCAGAAAUACUGUGAUAUUUAAGUUUGUCAAUAUCAUUUUCAUCAUAUGGCAUUUUAUCUAGAAAUAGCAUUCUGACUUUUUGGCAGCUCUGCAAGAGCAAUACACUCCAUUGUGAACACUGCACACCACAGUUAUUGUAUUCCUCAGAAGGAUUGUCUGUGUUGUAUCUGUUGAUUGUGCAGAAUCCACAGUAUUUAAAUAAAAAGGUUGUUAAUACUUUGAUUUGUGUCUCAAAGCUUCACGGGAGAUGCCCGCAUGGUA